AUGGCGGAUACCACGAGGACGUCGAGGUUCAAGAGUGUGUGCGUCUUCUGCGGCAGCAGCGCCGGCAACCGCGACUGCUACGGGAACGCCGCCAUGGAGCUCGGCCGGGAACUGCUGGACUGGAAGGUGGACCUCGUCUACGGGGGUGGCGACGUCGGUCUCAUGGGGUUGGUCUCCCGCGCGGUGCACUCGGGCGGCGGCCGCGUCGUCGGGAUCAUCCCGCGGUCACUCAUGGCGAGGGAGAUCACAGGGGAGACGUUAGGGGAGGUGAAGGAGGUGGCGAGCAUGCACCAGCGGAAGGCGGAGAUGGCCCGCUGCGCCGACGCCUUCGUGGCGCUUCCCGGUGGCUACGGGACGCUGGAGGAGCUGUUCGAGGUGGUCGCGUGGGCGCAGCUCGGCAUCCACAGGAAGCCGGUGGGGUUGCUCAACGUCGACGGCUACUUCGAUUCGCUGCUGGCGUUCAUUGACAAAGCGGUGGCGGAGGGGUUCAUUCCGCCUCACCAGCGCGGGAUCCUCGUCUCCUCCGCCGACGCCCGGGGCCUCCUCUGCGGGCUGGAGGAGUACGUGCCGGUGGAGGACCCGGUGACGAGCAGAUUUGCGGCUGAGUGGGCGGCGGGGGAUUGA